CCUUAAACGGGCGUUGUUGUUACUUCGUCUGCCAUUUUGAUUAGAAGUACUUUAGUCUACUCUACAGGAGAUAUCGUCGUACUUAAAGGCUACAUUCUUGUAGGCAAAAUGCUAUCAGCAGCCCAGCUACUCGACGAGUUGAUGGGCCGAGAUAGAAACUUGGCCCCCGACGAGAAACGAUCAAACGUGCGAUGGGACGACGAGAGCGUGUGCCGAUACUAUCUGUGUGGCUUCUGCCCAGCAGAGCUAUUCACAAACACCCGCUCUGACUUAGGGCCUUGUGAGAAAAUCCAUGAUGAAAAUCUUAGGAUAACGUACGAGAAAAGCUCUCGGUUCAUGAAGGAAGGCUACGAGCGAGACUUCCUGCGCUACCUGCAGUCGCUCCUGGCAGAGGUGGAACGGCGUAUUCGUAGAGGGCAUGCCCGGCUUGCACUUUCUCAGGCUCAGCAGAAUGCAGGGGGUCCUGGUCCAUCAGGAAAGAACGAGGAGAAGGUUCAGGUUUUAACAGAGAAGAUAGAAGACUUGGUUGUACAGAUCGAGGAGCUGGGGUCAGAGGGCCGUGUGGAGGAGGCCCAGGGAAUGAUGAAGCUGGUGGAGCAGCUGAAGGAGGAGAGGGAGCUGCUCAGCUCUACCCCCUCAACCAUUGAGAGCUUUGCGGCCCAGGAGAAACAGAUGGAGGUGUGUGAGGUGUGUGGGGCCUUCCUCAUCGUGGGUGAUGCACAGUCUCGAGUGGAUGACCACUUGAUGGGAAAGCAACAUAUGGGCUACGCCAAGAUCAAAUCCACCGUAGAGGAGCUGAAGGAGAAACUACGUCGCCGCUCAGAAGACCCGCAAGGUGAAAACCCAGCACUCAAGAGGGACAGAGAAGACCGCGAGCGUGAGAGGGAGGAACGGGAGAAAAAACGUAAAGAGGAGGAAGAGAAGGAGAAGGAGCGGGAGAAGGAACGUGAGAAGGAGAGGGAACGUGAGAGGGAGCGAGAGAGAGACAGAGAACGGGACAGAGACAGAGAUAGAGACAGGGAGAGGGACAGGAGGGCACGCCGAAGCCACUCCAACAGCCGCCACUCCAGCCGAACAUCAGACAGGAAGCGCAGCAGAUCCCGUGAUCGGAGGAGGUCCAGGAGCAGAGACAAGGACAGAGAGAGAGAACGCAAACGCAGCAGGAGCCGGGACAGGGAGAGGGAAAGGGAGAGGGAGAGGGAAAGGGACAGGGACAGGGACAGGGACAGGGAGAGGAGGCGCAGCCGUGAGCGCUCUGACAGAAAGCGCCGCUCCCGCAGUCGUGAGAGGAGGAGGUCGCGCAGCUCAGAGCGCAAAUCUCACCGCCACCGCAGCCGCAGCAAGGACAGGGACAGAGACAGAGACCGGGACAGAGAGCGGUCAUCAAAGGACAAAGACCGUAAGACGACAGAGGAGAGGAGCAGCUCUAAGAAAGACAAGCACUCUGACGGCGAUGCAGCUUCCAUCAAGGCUUCGUCAGAAGCGGAACCGAUGGAGACAGAGGCGGCUGCCUCUGCCUCCUCCCCUCUGCUUAACGGCCAGCAAGAGCUCCUCCAUUCUGAAGGUGACACUCAGUCCAAUUAAAACUGAUCUGAUAGGACCUCAGAUCAGGCUCAGGUAAGUGCGUCCUCCUCCUUGCUCCCCCCUGGCUCUCAACCCUACAACCACCCAACCCCCACCCCAUCUCCCCUACCCACCCUCUCACCCUACCUCUCCCACCCUGUUUACGUUCAGUUCAAUACCUAUGAUUUUGUCUUAUGUACUCUAUGCAUAUAUCUUUAUCCUGUUUUCGAAUAGUGCAUCAUAAGUAUGCACUGAAGAUGAAGGACUAGGCCCGAUGAAUGAGAAGAAGGUAGAAAACAUUCACACAAAGCCAAGAGGGAAAGGCCAGUGUAGCCCUGAGCAAACAUGCCCGGAGGUACCCCUCGUUUUGUAUCGGUUUUUGAUCCUUAUAGAUGUAUAUUUGUCUUUGUGGACAAAAUGGCAGAAAAAAUAUUAACCAGUCCAAUCAAAUUUUCCUGCCUGUAUUUACCUGUUUGUAUUUAUUUAUUUUAUUCAUUUUACUUUGAAGUAGGAAAAUGUAAUAGUUUUGAUUUGCUGAGAUAUUACUCUCCAUACAGGGAGAAAUUUCAGCCACUGUGUGUUUAUGUGUCUAUCACGGGGAUUUCUCCUGCUCACAUGUAAACAUACAGAUAUACUUUCAUGUGAAAAAGCAAGCCAUUUAUUUGAAACAUAACUCAAAUGCCAUGGAUUUGUUGUCCAGCUUACUGUGCCUGAUGAUGCCAUGCAGUGUGUGUUUGGGGGGUGUUAUAGCACCGGGGGCCUUACGUAACUAACUAACUGGAGGGUAGGGUUUAUCGAAUGAAUUGCAGCUGACUUCCAUACCUCACACAGCGUUGGUGUUGUGAGCGAGACCACAUGAGAAAAGGGCAAAUUAAAAAUCAUGGAUACUCUCUGACUGUCAAACUGUGCAGGUACUCACCCCAGGUACUCCUUUCUCUACCCACAUCCAUUUCUGAAUGCUGUUGCCUGUCAGAAAAACAAUUCUGUACUUCUCCAGAACAUGAACUUGAAAGCUUGACUCUGUAUUUUUUUACUGUGUUUCUUUGUUUUUUUUCUAUUAAGUUUCAGAUAUGUUCGGGGAAAAGUCAUUCUGUAGAAAUGUCAGAGACACAUUUUUAUUUAACUGCUGAGAUGCACAAACAGCCUGCUUGAUAUACCUACGCCAAAAGCUGAAGUUGUGUGUAUUUCCCAUUAGUGUGUUGUUGGGGUAUUUUUAACGUCGCAUUUGUUCAGUGAGUAGGAUGCUGUGUUUGUGUCUAUCCUUAAUUGAUCAUUGAAUCUCCAAAAAAAAAUAUGUAAAGUGCACUUUGGCAUUGACGUAGGGAAUAUCAAACAGGUUUGUCACUGCUUUUAAAUGAUUAUGGUCUAGGGUAGUGACCAAACCUUGUGCUCUUUACUUCUAUUCUGAUCAAAGCAAGUGCAGUUAAAAAGAAACUGACAUAUGUACAAAAGAUCAGGAUAUUCUGGCUAAAUUACACUAUUGUGUUAGUGUAUGGAUGAUGUUCGAGCAUUAUUAACAGUGUCUCUUGUUUACAAUCUACACUUUCCUCUGUGGCUAAAUUGAGGGAUGUAUUUUACCGAUAGUCUUUCUGUAGGAAAUAUUAUUGUUGCUACAAGCACUUUGUUGUGGGACCUUUGCUAACAUUGCAUUUUGUGAACGUUUUUGCUCAACAGGGGAAGCUGGGAUAUCUGGUGGAGAAAGAAGCGGAAGAGCGCACCCAUCCUUACCCUGAACCUGACACUUCGCUGCUUAAAAACAAGGUGAACCACAAAUGUGUAGUGGCUUAUUUAAAAACACGAACGUAACGUGUAAAUGAGGAGAGAGAGAGCGAGAGAGGAAAAGAAAUACAUUGAUUUUCAUGUUCCAUUACCUGUCUAUCUUUUGGCUGGAUGAGGGUAGUUGUGGUUCAUCUGAUGUACUUCUUGGUCUUGAUGUCAGUUGGGCAUCACUUUAAAUACCAAACCUAGAUCGUUAUGGGCUUUUGUGUUGUUAUUUUGGAAAUCUUUACACAUCCUCCUUGUUUUUUGGCAUUUAGUGAAAAUGAAAUAAAAACCGUGCUUGUGGUUUGUUUUGGUUUGUCAGGUUCCACUUCACUUCCUGACCUUCUUUUUAAAAAGUCAGUUGAACGCGUAUGUACAAUGUUAGUCCCCGUGACAGGGCGUGUCUCUUUUCUCCUCCACUUAGAGCUCACAUUGAUUGCUCGUGCCCCCUUACUGUAAAAUAUCCUGAUUUCAUUUUGAUCAAAAGAUUUUGAAGACUGAAGAUUUGUUUAAUUUUGCUCUGCUUUUAAUGUCCAUGUUGUCUCGCUGAAUAAAUAAUAAAAACUU